GAAGAUGACUCUUACCGUUGCUGCUCCCUGCGUCCAAACCGUCACCGAGCCAUCAAAAAUGGAAAUGCAAGCUGAAUCAACGUCUCAUAUAACAAUUCGAUUCACCGAGAUGGUUGGUGAUGCUCAAAAGCCAACGUAUGGUUCAAUUUCAUCUGCCGGAGCCGAUUUGUACAGCGCUGAAGAUGUGGUUGUUCCGGCUAAUGGAAAACUGUGUGUUUCAACAGGACUUCAAAUUGAACUUCCAAUUGGAUACUACGGAAGAGUUGCGCCACGAUCGGGUCUUGCUGCCAAACACUUCAUUGAUGUUGGGGCUGGCGUUAUCGACAGUGAUUAUCGCGGUGAAGUCAAAGUUCUACUCUUCAAUUUCAACACCACAGCUUUUGAGGUGAAAACGGGCGAUCGAAUUGCUAAAUUGAUUUGUGAGCAGAUUGGAAACGGAACAUACGAAGAGGUUAAGAGUUUGCCAUCCACGAAUCGUGGAGCUGGUGGAUUCGGCUCAACUGGAGAAUCUACAAUGAACUCCGAAACGGCUAACCCCGCAACAAAUUUGGAACGAAUUACUGUUCGCUUCACUCAGCUCAACGAGAAUGCUCAAACACCGACAUAUGGGUCUGAAGAAGCAGCUGGAGCCGACUUGUACAGCGCUGAAGACAUAACUGUUCCAGCACAUGGUAAAUGUUGUGUUUCGACAGGAAUCCAAAUGGAAUUGCCAUUCGGAUACUAUGGAAGAGUUGCUCCUCGAUCUGGACUUGCUGCCAAACACUUCAUCGAUGUUGGAGCUGGUGUCAUUGAUAGUGAUUACCGUGGCGAGGUCAAGGUUCUCCUUUUCAACUUCACUGACAAUGCCUUUGAGGUCAAAAAAGGAGAUCGAAUCGCUCAGUUGAUUUGUGAGAAGAUCGGUCACUGUGUCUACGAAGCCGCAAGUGAAUUGGAGAAUACAGACCGUGGAGCUGGUGGCUUUGGAUCGACUGGACAAAAUACGAUGGAAGCGGAACCAGCUUUGAAAAAAUCUAAAACUGAACAAAUUAAAACCUCUGCCACAUCGGUAACAAUCCAAAUCACAAAGAGCAACGAUAACGCUCAGAUGCCAACGUAUGGAUCAGCCGAAGCUGCUGGAGCUGAUUUGUACAGCGCUGAAGAUGUCACAGUUCCAGCCCGUGGGAAGUUGUGUGUCUCGACGGGAAUUCAAAUGGCAUUGCCAAUCGGAUACUAUGGAAGAGUUGCUCCUCGAUCUGGACUGGCUGCCAAGCAUUUCAUCGAUGUUGGAGCAGGUGUCAUCGAUAGCGACUAUCGUGGAGAGGUCAAAGUUCUUCUUUUCAAUUUCGGCGAAAAUGACUUUGAGGUCAAGAAAGGAGAUCGAAUUGCACAGCUGGUCUGCGAACAAAUUGCACUCUGUACUUACUCAAAAGUGGAGAGCCUUGAAGUCACCGAGCGUGGAGCUGGAGGAUUUGGAUCCACGGGGCAGUAUAUAACCCUUUAAAACUAACAAUACAUUAUUGUACUAUUUAUGAUCUCUAAUUUAUCUUAUGUUGCAUAUAAAAUCAUGUCA